UGCAUGUCUGCAGCCCUCGCAGAUGCCGGCGUCUCACCAGCAGAUGUGACAUAUGUGAACGCUCAUGCGACAUCCACACCUUUGGGUGAUGCUGCUGAAAAUGCUGCCAUCAAGAGGCUCUUUCAGCAAAGCCUUGAGAACCUGGCUGUGUCCUCCACAAAAGGAGCCACAGGACAUCUGCUUGGGGCCGCAGGGGCCCUGGAGGCAGCAUUCACCGCUUUGGCCUGCUACCACGGGGUCCUCCCCCCGACCCUCAACUUGGACCGUACCGAGCCAGAGUUCAACCUGAAUUAUGUUCCCUGCACAGCGCAGCCAUGGCGGACGCAGGGCCAGCGGGUCGCCCUCACAAACUCAUUUGGAUUUGGCGGCACCAACGCAUCGCUGUGUCUCUCCAGCAUCUGAUGACACACUGAGACUCAUUCUUGACUUUUUUGUUAGGAAUCAGAUCUUAUCCAAGCUGUGUCCUUUACCUCGGGUAUGAUAGAGUUUCACUGAAGUGAUCAGAGGUUGUCUUUGUGUUGUUAUGAACUGAUUUUAAGGGGAAAUCUAAAAAUGCAUAUAGUUUGACAGGCUUUAAACAGGAAAAAAA